AUGCCAGAUUUUUCGGAGGCAUUUGUGGCAUCCAUUGCGUUCGCUCUCAACUCGGCCCAGAUUCCUUGCCUUCUCUGGGGCCACUAUCUGCUCAAUGUUCAUGGUGUGCCCUCCGCAAUCGCUUCUAUUGACUUCGUCAUUCCGGAUAAAUCUAUGUUGCCUGCGAUUCAGGUCCUCUCUCACAUAGAUAGUCUUUUGGCCUGUAAAGAUGUCAAGCUCUGUUCCACAAGCUCGUCUUCGAGGCCAACACCGCCACCAACCUUUCAUGCACAUAUAAAGAGCCUAGAAGUCACUGUAUGUCUCUAUUUGCAAUCCGAGACUCUUUGGUUUCUACCACCUUUGGACACUUCUCUCGCAUCCCCAACGGGAAAAGAACUUCCAUCACCUUUUGCCCUUGCAUCCGAUCAGACUAUCCUGCCACCCUGGCGGCCGGGGCGAGGCUCGGGAUCUUUCAAGCCAGGCUACCAUCCCGUCAUUGUCCCCAAAUCUCAUAUUUUGUUGGAGGCAUUUAUGCUUCUGUACGCCAGGGACUGGGAGAAGCGCAUUGGGGACUUUGCAAUGGCCAUGAUUGCGUACAUUGAGCUAUACGUUGAUGAAGACGGACUUCUAGAAAAGGAACGACUUCCGGAGCCCCUUUUGACGUUCUAUAAGGAGCUUGGGAGGGGGGAAAAGCCAGUCCUGCAAUGGUCAGAGGAAUUGACGGGGGCUGUUAGUGCCUUGGGAAAUUUCACAUUUAUGUCGCAACCUUCAAAUCUUUGA